CUUAGAAAUGGAUUUGGAAAUAUCAGGAUAGAUCUGAGUCGUCCGAACACGAUGUUGGAGAGGUCGUUGGUGAGGGGGAGGGGAGGGACGACAAGUGAGGAAUGAGCUACGUAUAUGGACCCCACACCACCACCAACCGUUUCUAUGUGCUACCAAUCAAUUAUAACAAUAAGUACUACAAGCAAUGCAACCACCAGUUAAAGUACGAAUGGAGACACAUAAGGAAAGCUGAACUGCACAAGUUCGAUUCUUUAACUCGACUUCCACUAUUCUUUGUUUUAGAUAGUGGGUUUUCAGAUAGAGUAAAAGUCAUUGCAUACUGCUCUUUAUCUAAGAUACCCUCCUGUGCUCGUCGGUGCCUCCUUGAAGUGAUUGUAAGGGACGAUUACUGCUACUAUCUGAAUAUUGAGAAUAUGUUUAUAAGUACUAGAGAUCAUCAUAUAUUAUCGGUAAAGUUUCGAUAUACGUUCCAUAAAUAUGGAAUCAAUUUCGUAAAGAAUGAUGUUCGGAAAAGAUAUUUAAACAAUUGUUCUCGACAUACUACAUUUUCGAAUUCGAAAAAAAAACUCCUCAUGUCGAAAGAUGCGAAAGAUAUGGUUACCAGGGAGCAAGGCAGAUUUUGUGAGGAUUUGAAUUAUCUACGUCAAAGCUACUAUUAUUAUUACUUAUACAACACCGACGAAGACGAUGAUAUAUACUACGAGGAUCGCAAGGAUCUACCGUGUAAAAUGUAUGAUGGACCCUCUCCACCAACUUCCAAUGAACCAUAUAUAGUCACUCCCAUUCACCAUCAUCCAGAGUUGAAGGAACAGUGUGUUCGAUUGAUAAAUUCUGAAUGGCCUCGAUCGCGCAUGGCAAGAUUUUGGAGUUUGGAAGCAUCUACCGACAGUUUACCGAUAAUUUUAGUACUAACGCAAAUAAUAAAUGGAACUAAUAUUGUUCUCGGUCACGCAAAACUCACUAAUGUGCCUGCGGAUAGCAAUGCAGCUUUUUUAGAAUCUGUAGUAGUAGACUUUCGUUAUCGUGGCCGCGGUAUUGGAACGUAUUUAGUGACUGAAACCGAACAGUACUGCCGCCAAGUUCUGAAUAUUAACAAUGUGUAUCUGGCUACUAGCGGGCAAGAAGUAUUUUAUGCUAAAUUAGGAUACAUUUUUUGUAAAGCAAUAAACCUGUUUGGGACAAACACCACCAGAAAAACAAAUAGUAAAAAGCAUUGGAUGAAAAAGGUUAUCUCAGAUUGGGAAGUCGAUAUGAAGGAAACCAAUACCCCAGCAAUUUUGCGUCAUGGGGUUAUGAAUUCGGAUAAUCAUACAACUGCAAAGAUAAAUGAGUUGAUAAUUACUAUUAGAAAUGUGGUACAUUUGCACAACUUUGAAAUUGAAGAUGCAGUCUGUGAUUCGCUAAUUCAGAUACAAUCAAGAAUAUUGCCGAAUGAUCAGCAGACUUUUUGAAAAUAAGUUAGACAGUUGUUUCAAAUGGUUUAAAUCUUUUGAGUAAUAAUAAAAUAAUACUGAAAAAAUGAUUUAAUUCACCUAGCAGUGAGAUAAGACAUUUCUUACGCAUAUGACUGUUGAAUCAUACAUUAGUUUGCAGACCUCAUGCGAAGUAGGUACCCAGCUACAGGUGGGAUGAACACAGUUUGGGUCUUGCACUAAUAAAACCUCACACUGAAUAAAUUAUAGAAAAUCAAUAAAACAAAUGAAAUUAAAAAAAUGAUAAGGCAAAAAAGGGAAAAAACAUGUUUUAAUACACCUAGCGGUGCAAUUGUGCCUUUCUCAAUCAUGAAUUUUUGCGUUGUUUAUAUUCAUCAUAAGCUUCCAAAUGUAUAU